AUGCAACGAGUUCAUGAGUCUGAAGAGCGUAGUGGUCAUACACCCCCUCCCCCCUAUACGCUGGUUGACCAGUUCACUGGUGGUAGUACGACCCAGACCCAACAACAACAUUCUCAAAAUCCUCACCCGGAAAAUUUACCAGACUCAGACUUUCGUCUGGCUCAAAAACUUCAGGACGAGGAAUAUGUUCGUUGGACAGAAACUAAUCGGCAGCAGGAUCUGGUAUCCAGCGUUGGUGAAUCAUCUAUCGACCAUUUCCAUUCACGAGCAAUUCCUCCUAUACCUGAAAAUUAUCGAUGUAAUCAUUAUAUUCCUUAUCAAAGCAACCCAACUCAACACCUACAACAACAAUAUCCAAUAAUUUAUGCAUCGCCAAAUCAACCUCCCUUACCCUAUAAUCAAUCCGAUCCCUAUAUCAAUAACGGAGGUGGACAAUAUUAUGGAAGUUUGAAUCAAGAUCGAUCUGGUUACUAUCAAUUACCACGCUCUCAUCCAUAUUAUAAUAAUUAUCAAACCACACAACUACCAGCUUCAUACCAUGCUGUUGAGGAGGAAGAUAAUUCUGGAUGUCUGACUGGAUUGUUCUUUUGGCCAUCAAACACAAAUGAUAUUAUUUGGUGGAAUGAUUAUUAA